AUGGCUUACGACACCUCGAGCGGUUAUGCGCCGCCCAGCACAAGCAACAUGCAGGAGGACGCCUCGGGCCCCAUGUUCAGCAUAGAGCGCGUGGCUUUACAAUUCACAGUAUCUUCCGACUUCGUAGCGGCUGCAGUAGCAAAUAAUGUCGUCGUCCUGGCUCUGUCCACCGGGCGCAUCUUACGCAUCGAUUUGGACAGUCCCGCAGAUAUAGACGAUAUCGACCUCCCGAAGAAGCCUUCAGAAGUGGGUGUCAUCAGACGCCUCUUUCUCGAUCCCUCCGCAUCCCACCUCAUCAUAACCACCACCCUCGCCGAAAACUACUACCUCCAUACACAAUCCCGGACACCGAAGGCGUUGUCACGGCUGAAGGGCGUUGUCAUAGAGAGUAUCUCGUGGAACCCCUCGCAACCCACUGCUUCGACGCGCGAGAUACUCGUGGGAGCGUCAGACGGCAACGUUUACGAGGUGUAUAUCGAGCCGUCAUCCGAGUUCUACAGGAGGGAGGAGAGGGUAACAUACUUGAAGAGCGUAUACCGGACGAACGAUGGCCCUAUUACUGGGCUGUGGACAGAUACGGUGCCCGGGAGAACGGAUCUGCGGCGCAUCAUCGUCGCGACACCUUCGACUUUCCUACAUUUCGCUGGCAAGGUCGGACGUCAGGGAUCAGAGGGAAGCGGAUCUAUAUUCUCGAAGCUGUUCGAGAGCGAAUCUGCGACCGUACAUGAGGUCUCCAAUGUCGCCCCCACGGCAGCCUCGCUGCUUGCUAUCUCCCCGGAGCACAACGACAGCCCAAGCCGCGAGGACUCCAACGCCGAGAGGAUCUUCGGCUGGCUUACAUCACAAGGCAUUUUGCAUGGGAAGCUGUAUCUAUCACAGGAUACUUCUGAGCUUGGCGGCAAAGUUCUUGGAGACUCAAAGAUGUUGCCUAGAUCACAGGUGCCGCCUUCACAAACCGCUAGCGGGCGCACACGACGGACACAAGAUCCUAUCAGUUCGAUGAUACUGAGCCAGUGGCAUAUUCUUCAGCUAGUCGAAGGCCGAGUCGUAGCUAUCAACCGCCUCGACGACACUGUUGCCCAUGACCAAGUUGUGCUGGAGCCCGGACAAAGUGCGCUUGGUCUGGUAGCGGACUGGAAGAGGAAUACUUACUGGCUCUUCACGAGCCAGGAGAUCUUCGAGAUCGUUGUCGAAGACGAGAGUCGCGAUGUUUGGAAGAUCAUGCUCCGAGCACAACAAUUCGAGGCUGCAUCGCAGUACGCCAAAACACCAGCGCAGAAGGAUGCAGUGGCAACGGCAUCUGGUGACUACCUUGUUGGCAAGAGCCAGUGGAUGGAGGCUGCGACUGUUUACGGACGAAGUACGAAGCCGUUUGAGCAAGUCGCGCUGACAUUCAUCGACAAUGGCGAGCAGGACGCGCUACGGAAGUACCUGGUGACGAAACUGUCCACAUUGAAGAAGUCAUCGAUAAUGCAACGGACUAUGGUCGCUACUUGGUUGAUUGAACUAUACAUGGCCAAGCUCAAUACUCUCGAUGACACCAUUACCACGAAAGCAGAACUCUCAGAGAGCAUGAACACCGCCGAGACUCAUGAUCAACUAUCAGUCAUCCGGAAAGAGUAUCAAGACUUUGUAACCAAGUACAAGGCUGAUCUUGACCGUAAGACUGUAUACGAGAUCAUCAGCAGUCACGGUCGAGAGGAAGAGCUGCUCUACUUUGCUACUGUGGUCAACGACUACAACUACGUACUCUCGUACUGGGUGCAGCGUGAGCGUUGGCAAGAAUCUCUGGACGUCCUCAAGAAGCAGACAGAUCCCGAGAUUUUCUACAAGUACAGCUCUGUGCUCAUGGCCCACGUACCAGUCGAGCUCGUCGAUGUGAUGAUGCGACACUCGAACUUCGACGCGCAGAAGCUCAUCCCAGCAUUCCUCAACUACAACAACCACACCAAGGCCACGCUGAACCAAAACCAAGCAGUCCGCUACCUUCUCUUCGAGAUCAACCAACACAACUCAACCGACGCCGCCAUUCACAACACCCUCAUCUCCAUCUACGCCUCCCACCCCACAACCGACGAAUCCGCCCUCCUCGCCUACCUCGAAGGCCAAUCCCUCGCCCACGAACAAAACUACGACGCCGACUUCGCUCUCCGCCUCUGCAUCCAACACAAGCGCGUCCAAUCCUGCGUACACAUCUACAGCUCUAUGCAACAGUACGCACAAGCCGUCGACCUUGCCCUAAAAUACGACUCCAUAGACCUCGCCUCUAGCGUCGCCGACCGCUCCAACACCUCCCCUGUUCUCCGCAAAAAACUCUGGCUCGCCAUCGCCAAAAAAGUCAUCUCGCAAUCCAGCGGCAUAAAAACCGCUAUCGAGUUCCUCCGCCGCGUCGACCUCCUCCGCAUCGAAGACCUCAUCCCCUUCUUCCCAGACUUCGUCGUCAUCGACGAUUUCAAAGAGGAAAUCUGCGCCGCCCUCGAAGACUACAGCCACAAGAUUGAUGGCUUGAAGCAGGAGAUGGAUGACAGUGAGGCGACGGCUACGCAUAUCAAGUCGGAUAUCAAAGCCCUCGAACAGCGUUAUGCGAUUGUGGAACCCGGGGAGAGGUGCUAUGUGUGUGGGUUGCCGUUGUUGGCGAGGCAGUUCUUUGUGUUUCCGUGCCAGCAUGCUUUUCAUAGUGAUUGUCUUGCGAAGAGGGUCGUUGAGCUUGCGGGCAUUGCGAGGGGAAAGAGGAUUGCGGAGUUACAGGCGGAGGUGCAGAGGGGGGUCAAGGUGGGGAAGGGGAGGGAGAGGGCGAUUAGGGAGUUGGAUGCGUUGGUUGGGAGUAGUUGUGUGUUAUGUGGUGAACUUGCCGUUAAGCUCGUCAACGAACCUUUCAUCACCGCAACGGACGACAAGGACGAAUGGGCUGUUUAG